AUUUCUGACUCCUGGGAGAGUCAGAUGUGUGUGUGAGCAGGUAGACAAGCAGCAGUGGAGCACUUAGCCUAUUGGGACCACAGGCUCGUAGUCUUGAGCGUCACUUUUCCAAAUUAUCUUUCAAAAAUGGCAGGAGCAAUCAUAGAGAACAUGAGCACUAAGAAAUUGGUUUUCUUGGGUUUCUUUAUUUUUGUUUUCCAAGUUAUUUCCAUCCUGGUUGGAGCCUUAAUCGCUCCUAGUCCCACCAGUGCCAUCCGCUACUUGGCCACCAAAUGCAUUAACUGCCACAGGGCUGGCGGCUGGCUCGUGCCGUGGGGAUCAAAUCGGUGCCAGCAGAUCCACAGUUUCGAUGAGCCUCUGGCAAAAACACUGGAUGCCAACGACAUCGUUUUUGCAGUGCACGUACCUCUUCCCAACAAGGAGAUGAGCCCCUGGUUUCAGUAUAUGCUUGCUGUUCUACAGUUCGACAUUGCAUUCAAAAUGAUCAAUCAGAUUGAAGACGAUGUUAUCAUCACUAUUGAUGCUGGCCUGGCAUACAGGGAUGAUUUGAUAUCUGAGUGGACCACAAAGUUUCACUCAGUGGAGCAAAGGCCACUCAGGUGCAUAUUUGCAGUCCCUAAGACAUAUGAAAAUGAAGGCCGCUUUUAUCACUGUGACCCCAUUCCAUUCAUGGAACUGGGAAGUGUGGCCCACAAAUAUUUUUUGAUUAACCUGCGCUUGCCAGUGAAUGACACAGUGAAUGUUGGCAUUGGAGAAAUAAAGGACAUCCAAAUAGUGGGCAUCCACCAGAAUGGAGGCUUCACUAAAGUGUGGAUCAGCAUGAAGACUGUGUUCAGUCCCUGGAUAUUUGGGGCAACAGUUUGGUACUGGCACAGGAUCAGCCUCAUGGCAAGACCUCCAGUCCUGUUGGAAAAGGUGAUUUUUGCUCUCGGGAUCUCUAUGACGUUCCUGAACGUGCCGGUGGAGUGGCUCUCCCUGGGCUUUGAGUGGACGUGGAUGCUGCUGUUCGAAGAUGUUCAACAGGGCGUCUUUUACUCCACGCUCUUCUGUUUCUGGAUCAUCUUCUGUGGUGAACACCUCAUGGACCAAAGUCAGAGGAAUCUGCUCUCUGCGUACUGGUGGCAGGUUGGGCUGGUGGUGUUCGGCUCAUCUAUUCUCCUCAUAUUUGACCUGAGUGAAAGGGGGGUUCAUUUGACCAACCCUUUCUACAGUGUUUGGGCAUCAGAUAUUGGGAUGAAGGUGGCAAUUACCUUCAUUAUUGUGGCAGGGAUUUCUGUUUGUCUGUAUUUUCUCUCCCUGUGUGGCAUGGUGCAUUGUGUGUUCAGGAACAUUGGUGGGAAAAUACAGCAACUUCCUGCAAUGCCAGAGGCUAGGAGACUGCGUUAUAAGGGUAUAAUCUUCAGGUUCAAGUUUUUGAUGCUGGUAACUCUAGCAUGUGCAGCCAUGACCGUCAUCUUCUUCAUCCUAAAUCAAGUCAGUGAAGGUCACUGGCACUGGGGAGACUACACUCUCCAAGUCCACAGUGCUUUUCUCACAGGGAUCUACGGCAUGUGGAACCUCUAUGUUUUCACCAUUAUCUUCCUCUAUGCCCCCUCCCACAAGUCCAACAGAAACAAGUCAGGAGGCAGUCAGCAAACAGAUCUGCUGGAGAAGCCAGAAAGCCAAGAGAGCCGGCUGACAUGUGGAGAGCAGGGGCCGACAGAGACCUACAGGAUCACUGGGAAGGUGGCUGAGGAGUAACUGCCAAGGCUUAAUGUAGUUUAGAAACCCUGUUUUGUUGUGUUAUUUCAUUAUAAUAACACUAAACUAAACACUGCAGGCUGUAAAAUGUAGACUGUCUAGAAUAAUGUAACUUUUAACUUAACUUAUAAGGGAAAUUUACAUGACUUAAAACGUAGAUGACAGGUAAAGUGAAAGUUAUAGGAAGAGGCCUCAUGUUCACUAAGUGACAAGUGAACUGAGGUAACUUGGCUAAUUGUAACCGUGUUUGGUAAUAUGGGAAAACUAUGUAUUACUAAUUAUAGCACACCAUUAACUUUCAUAACAAGGACCUUAAGUUGGAUGAAUAAGGUGUGGAAUGGGGGUUAACAGGGCCCUCCAGCUACAUUUGUGCCCUGAUUAUGCUAACACAGCGUCCUGCAGUAAUAUAAUGCAGAUCUGGUUUCUUAAGCUUGGGGGCUAAAUGUCAAAAUAAACAUUCAUUUUCAA